GCGACUAGAAAAGUAGAAAGAAGUAGCGCACUCCAUACAUAACUUGUCAGCACCUCAAAGCCUCAUCAGUGAACGCCAUUGCUCACACUGAGCUAAGCUCCUGCGCUUCUCUUGGGCUCAUGAGGAGGCACGCUACUGCCGCUAGAGUCCGCUGCAUCCUUCUUCGUCCUCUGACGGUUGUCUUGCUGCUUGCAGCCGUGAGUGACGGCAUCAGACCAGCUCCUGCUGAUGUCAAACCGGUGCAUCGAACGGAGAAGGCCACCACCACUGCAUCACAACAGGGGAGCAGGGGUGGGGACAAAGACUUGCAGCUGCAGGAAGAGGUGCGCGCGACGGGGUCGACCCUGCCGGACUGCUCGCACGCGUGCGGGGCGUGCUCGCCGUGCAGCCGCGUCAUGGUGAGCUUCAAGUGCUCCGGCGCGGAGCCGUUGCCGUGCCCCACGGUGUACCGCUGCAUGUGCAGGGGCAAGUGCUACCCGGUGCCCUCCAGCUGACGCCGAUCGAUGCUGAGAAGCCCAGCUCAGGCAUGCACUCCAUCGAUCAGGAUAUGGGUUUGUACGCGAAGGGAGCGGUUUGUA